GCGCUACAGUACAUACACCAUAAGUCUGGAUAUCACUUCCCUAAGGCUGUUUUCAUGCAGCAGAUCUCCCGCGAGAUCAACGGAGACGGAAUUCUGACCGCCACCGGCCACGACCACGCACGAAUCCGUAAGAUCAUGAACCCAGCGUUCAGUGCGGGUCAACUUCGUUCCUUUCUCCCACUCUUCCAAUGUGCCGCCCAGGAUCUCAGCGACAAGUGGAACAGCCUCCUGCAGAUGCGCCCUAAGGGAGGGCAGAGACUGGACGUGCACCAAUGGAUCUCUCGCUGUUCGUUGAAUAUAAUAGGGAAAGCUGCUUUUGAUAUAGAUCCCGGGACUUUGGCCCAUGAGUCGCUCCAUGCAGUCGCACAAGACUUCAAGGAUAUGUUUACGAAGUCUAUCCCUAACCCAUCAGUAUUCGUACUACUGUUAGGCUGGGUUUGUCGCUACCUCCCGGUGCCAUUGCUGCGCCUCAUGAGGCACUUGCCUAUGAGGCGGUACAUUCACUUUCGCCGAUCGCUGGACACCCUCAAUGAAUACUCGCAGAAGUUGAUCGAAGAGAAGAGCGCCGCAUUACUCCACGGGACAGAGGAUAACAAGCGUGAUGUUAUGAACAUCCUCGUGAGAGCUAAUGCAUCUGAAAAUCCCAGCGGCCGUCUGAGCGAUCCAGAGAUGAUCUCCAUGAUGGUCACCUUACUACUUGCCGGAAAUGACACCACCACAUUGGCGCUCUCGUGGUUGCUCUACGAACUUGCAAAGUGUCCUGAGUAUCAGGAGAAGAUGCGUGCGGAAAUCAAAGCAGCUCGCGCCCUCAUUAUCGAACGCGGAGAAAGCGCCUUCUCUAUGAGCGACCUAGACGCGAUGUCAUUCGUGGGGGCGGCGAUCAAGGAGGGCCUCCGCCUGAACCCCGCCAUAUAUGCACUGCUCCGCGUCACCUCCAGAGACGAAGUUAUACCACUCGCGUACCCUAUCGUUACGAUUUCGGGCGCGGCUACGCAUGAGGUCUACGUUCCGAAGGGUACCGAGCUUAUGAUUUCUAUCCAAGCGUAUAAUCGACUGCCGCAAGUGUGGGGAACCGACGCGGACACGUUCAACCCUCACAGGUUCCUCGAGCGCGGAAAGACGGACGAGACAUUCGUCGGGAUGACGUCCAACCUUAUGACGUUCAGCGCCGGUCUGCAAGGGUGCAUAGGCUGGAGAUUCGCCAUCAUCGUAAUGCAAGCAAUGCUGGUCGAGCUGGUCGAAAACUUCAGGUUCACGCUUCUCGACGAUCAGCCGGAGAUCGUACACCUUCCCGCUGGGUUCCGGGUGCCUAUCGUCGAGGGAGAGCGCGAACGCGGGGCUCAAAUGCCUCUCUACGUCUGCCCAGUCGAAGAUUGA